UUUCUCUUUUCUUUCUUUAUAUAGAUCAAGUGUAUAGACAUCAUAUGGAGCAAAUUGCCCCCAUGCAUGAAGAUAAUUAUUAUCAUCAACAGAAUAUAAAUAAGGUAAAAUAGGUUGUUAUUAUCAAGUAUUUAUAUUUUUUUAAAUCAUCGUAAAUUUUUUGAAGCUGAAUUUACAACCUUCGAAUAUAUUGUCAACUACUAUAAAUAAACCAAGACCACGUUCACUGACAGAGGAACAAUGGAAGACAUCGAAAAAUAAAGAGAGUUGGAGGACUAGAAAAGAGACAGAAAAUUGGAAAAUGUCAGCCAAACCACGCCAUGCUCAGCUCAUACAAGACGAACACCACUUGAGAAGACAGUCUGCACCCUUAUUUAGUACUCAGUUGAAUCGUAAACCACUUCCUCAAGAACCAAUACAUCAACAACAACAACAACAGCAGGAACCUUUGCCACCUGUUGAAUAUAACCCCGUUGAUACUGAUAGUUCUAUUUAUAUGAAUCCUGUUCAACAGCAUCCUGUAGGAUUCAUUCAACAUCACCCCACCUAUCCUUUGUUAUACAGCCAAGAAAUAUAUCCUUACCCUCAGCCACCACAGACAGCUGCAGAUGCUUACCCAACCAUGGCGCCAUCAGUGUAUCCAAAUUAUCCUCCAAUGCACCCUCCAAUAGAAUAUCAUUCCGGCCUUUCACAGCAUGAAUAUCCUCAAUAUAUACAACCAACGCCUAUGAUGGCUCCUAAUAUGACACCCAACAUAGUGGCCACUCCAGCCUUGGCUACAGCUCCUCAUCAACGAAUUAUUCCACAAACAUUGUCUGAUCCACCUGUGGAUAACAAGAGCGAAAAGAAGGACACUAGUGCAAAGAAUGAAAAGAAAACGAGACAGAUCACGGUUCAAUCGAUCAAUAAGGAGCAUAGAGUCUGGAUAGAUGUAUCGCCUACAGAGACAGGUCUAUCUUUGGCGGAAAAAAUUCAUAUCAUUGCUACAUUCAGAACAAGAAAGAUUGUUUCUAUAACAACAGCAUCAGGAAGAAAGGUACCGUUGGAUAAUAGACCAGUGUUUGGUAGUUGGGUUGAUAUGGAAAACUUUCAAGAUGGUGAACGAUGGACUGUUGAAUGGUGCGAAAAUGAUAGAGGAGUGGUGGAUAGACUGAUAUCAAAAGUAGUUCAGGUAACUAGUUGUGGUGUUUGACCUAUAAAAUGUAUUAAUAAUGACCUAGGCUGGAGGUGGUAAACGUCAUAAAGAUCAUAUAGCAAAGGAUAAAUAAAUAAUAAAAAAGACAUAAAAAGUGAGGAUAUCUAUAAUAACAUCGGACAUGGAAUCUAUUUGCUAAACGUGUGACAUAUGAUCUCUAAGUGAAAGAGGAAAAAGUUUAUCAUAGAUUAAAUCAGUGAUAUGAUAUCUUGUACUUUUUUUUUUGUCCGAUUCUUUUUUCGUCCUUUUCAUAAACAAGAAAGAAAGGAAAAGAGAAAGAAAGAAAGGUUGACGUUUAAAGAUACGAGCAUAGUUGUAAUACAGCAAGCAUGUGCUUUCAUAAUAAAGUACGCGUUCAGAGUCUAAUGAAAUUCCGAAUCCCCAUCGAGGACACAUCGUCCAAUAGAUAAUGUUGGAUAUUUUUUUUUGUGAAG